GGCGAAAAGAAAGAAGAAGAAGAAAAAGUCUGGCGUUGUAGGUUCAAAAAACGGGCUUGCGUUCGGCAUUGGGGCGUGGUCCACGCGCGCUGCUGCUGCUGCCGCGGGUCGUGCCGUGCCCAACAGUUAGCAAGUGUGCCCACGUUCGCUCCUCCAUCCAAAUCCAUUCCAAAUCCAAAAUGUCGAUCGCUAAUCCCGUCAUGGCCAGGGUUGCUUCCGUUGCCUCGCCCUCGGGCGCACACCGCGCACACCGACACGCUCCGCCACCAGGCGUCCCCGGCGGUGCAAAAAGCGUUCGCGCGCGCGGGCAGAGAGCUCCCACCGACAGCGUUCCUCGAUUGCGGGCGCGCUGGGCUCGCACGCGCGAACGGCAAUGCGAGGCGGCAGCGGCGGGCCGGCGGCGAGCAACAGGUACGUAGCACGCGGAGGCCCGAGGAGUUAAAUUGCACGCUCCAGGCCCCGUGGGGUCCCACCCGAUGGUGGUGGCGGGUGUGGUGGUCCCGCUACGACAAUGAACGUCGUCCACCUUUUCGAUCAGGGCGAACGAAAAAGGUUGCGUUUGGGCAGGACUCCUGCGCCCGCGCCGGGUUGCAGUUCUGGCUUGUCCCGCAGGCCAGCCGAGCUCUGCAAGCUGGGGGCAGCCACCCUCCUCCUGUUCAUUUGCGACGGGCCUGAUCAGGAAGUCAGAAUGAGGAGCGUGGUGUGGAUCCAGAGGGUGAUGGUGGUACCGUACCGCUGGUCUGUCUCUCUGCGUUCGCCGACCGCGGUCGGACGCUCUCCUGUGGGGGUCAGCACACCUCCUCCUGUGUCAUUUCCCCCGGCCAUAUUUGAUUGCGGCUCAG